CCCCUGGCGGGGACACGCGGGCACGGCGUCCGGGCCCCGCUUCCUUCCUUCCCUCCGCUCUUCCCGGCCGGCAUGUUCGUUCCUUGCGACCGCGGCGGGGGUUCCGCCGCCUCCGAUUUUAAAGGCUUCACUCUGCUCAUGCCAGCAGUGUCCGUGGGAAAUGUUGGUCAGCUGGCAGUAGAUCUGGUGAUUUCCACUCUUGACAUGACUAAAGUUGGUUACUUCUACACUGAUUGCCUGGUGCCAAUGGUUGGAAAUAACCCAUAUGCAACAGCAGAGGAAAACUCAACGGAGCUGAGUAUAAAUGCUGAAGUGUAUUCCGUACCUUCAAAGAAACUUGUAGUCCUGCAGAUCAGAUCACCUUUCAUAAAGAACAAGUACAGGCCAUUCUGUGAAGCCCUGCUUUCCUGGGUGAAAGGCAGCAGAUGUGCCAGAGUCGUCGUUCUGUCGAGCAGCCACGCGUACCAGCGCGACGAUGAGCAACUCCUGGGGACACCACUGCGCUACCUACUUACACCUGAUCUUGAGAAAGCAGUUGGAGGCCUUAUGCAGGAGCUAAACUGGAAAGAAAUGGAAAAAGUAGCGGCUUACCCUGGAAUAAGUGAUACAGACAAAGUUCUGCAUAUUCCUGGAGGUGGCAUCACAAAACUGUUGUUUACCGAGAGCUGCUCAAAGGGAAUUCAAAUGGCAGUUCUUCUGAAAUUUUGCUCAGAAGGGGACAACAUUCCUGAUGCAUUUGUUCUUGUUAACUAUCUUAAUGAAUGGCUCCAGCUGGUUAAAAGUGAAAGCAACAAUUCCACAGAUUCUUCUUCUCAAUGGAAGAUACCAAGUUCUUGGCGCUUACUUUUUGGCAACGGUCUUCCACCUGCACUCUUCUGAUCAAUUCUGAAUUCUCCUGUGAGUCACGUGCAUGGUCACAGACAUCCUUGAGGUGGUGAUUACAUAGCAAUUGCCAAGCAACAGCAGCUUGCUUUGUUGUCUGCAUAAAUGCUUUAUUUAAGAAAAAUUCCUUUUGCGUGUGUGGGUAGCUGAAGAAAUUAAGGUAACUUUCACAAAUUGACCAAAGAAAUACGUUUUGUACAGUUGUUUAUUGAGUAACUUUGGUUGAAAGUUUUUUCUAAUAAAAUAUUUUUUAAGAAA